AUGAACCGGACUUUGCAGACACUGAAAGCUAAGUACGAUUAUGGCUGGUUAGCCCCCGGCUACCUGGAUACUGCUGCUGUGCUGCUGCUGUUGCUUCGCUGCCGCUUUGCUGCCGUUAUUAAACGCCUCCGCUGCUUCCGCUGUUUGCCGGCCUGCUUCGGGGUGCGGUCGGCUGCCUCACGCCGACUCCCCUUUGUUGACUUUGUCCCCCAGCAGCCGUGCGAGGUGCGGAGCGAGUGUGUUACCCGGGUGGACGCGACUGCGAGUCCCCGGUUCGGACUGUGUGUGAGCAUGUGUGUUUGA